UACAAUGAGUAAGAGUGCGUAAAGAGCCCCAUGGGCAGACAUCUUGGAUCUGAUCUGUGUCAAAAAUCAACACUUUACAGCACCGGGACUGAAUUAAUCCACUAACACAGGCUGAUCUGACACACAAACGUCAAACAUGAAUGUGCUGUCGUCCAUCAUGCCGACGCCAAAGCGUCUGCGGGACCUGAUACGGGAGAUCCGAUCUGCACGGACACAGGCAGAGGAGCGAGCAGUUGUCCAGAAGGAAUGUGCUCAGAUUCGAGACUCAUUCCGGGAGACAGACAACACUUACAGAUGCCGCAAUGUAGCCAAGCUUCUUUACAUUCACAUGCUUGGCUAUCCGGCCCACUUUGGACAGCUUGAAUGCCUGAAGCUGAUUGCAUCACCCAAGUUUACGGACAAGCGGAUUGGAUACCUAGGGGCAAUGUUGUUGCUGGAUGAACGCCAAGACAUUCACUUACUGGUUACCAACUCACUCAAAAAUGAUCUGGGACACCAGACCCAGUAUAUCUCCAGCCUUGCCAUGUGUACCCUGGGCUCGAUCUGUUCCGCGGAGAUGAGCCGCGAUCUUGCUGGCGAGGUGGAGAAGAUGAUCAAAUCUUCGAACGCCUACAUCAAGAAGAAGGCGAUCCUGUGCGCAUACCGGAUCAUCAAGAAAGUCCCAGAUCUGAUGGAGAUGUACAUUCCCUCGACACGCGCACUCCUUAAUGAGAAAAACCAUGGAGUGUUGCUGACGGCGGUAUGUCUUAUUACUGAGAUGUGCGAGAAGAGUCCGGACACGCUCACACACUUUAGGAAGACUGUGCCCCAGCUUGUACGAAUUUUGAAGAACCUGAUCAUGUCUGGCUACUCCCCGGAGCAUGAUGUCUCCGGAGUCAGUGACCCAUUUCUACAGGUGAAGAUACUGCGGUUACUGAGGAUACUUGGCAAACAUGACGCAGAGGCCAGUGAAACCAUGAACGAUAUCUUGGCACAGGUCGCCACCAACACAGACACAAGUAAAAAUGUCGGCCAUUCCAUACUCUAUGAAAUAGUCCUCACUAUAAUGGGAAUCAAAUCUGAAUCAGGACUAAGAGUUUUAGCUGUAAAUAUACUUGGGCGGUUUCUCUUAAAUAAUGACAAAAAUAUUAGGUAUGUAGCUUUAAACACACUGUUAAGAGUGGUGAGUGCGGACUACAACGCGGUACAGAGACAUAGAACCACCAUAGUUGAUUGUCUGAAAGACACUGACAUCUCCAUCAGAAGACGUGCAAUGGAGCUGUCAUUUGCGCUGAUUAACGCAAACAACAUCCGGGGAAUGAUGAAGGAGCUACUCUCAUUCCUCGAGUCAUGUGAUCCGGAGUUCAAGUCUGACACCUGCUCCAACAUAGUCACCGCUACAGAAAAAUAUUCUCCAAACAAGCGCUGGCACGUGGACACAGUCAUGAGAGUAAUGAGAAUUGCGGGUAACUAUGUCCACAAUGACAUUGUGUCAAUCGUGAUCCGGCUGAUAGCGACAGCAAACCAGCUUCACUCGUACAGUGUACGUCGCCUGUACUUUGAACUGAAGCAGGACAACUCCCAGCAGCCCCUGAAUCAGGUGGCUUCCUGGUGUGUGGGCGAGUACGGGGAACAGCUCCUUGUGCCCUGUGAGGAGGAUGAUGACCUUGGACCUGUGACAGAGGAGGACGUGGUUCGUGUGUUACAGCGCUGCCUGGAGAACAACAACUCGAGUGUUGUAACGAAGGAAUACUGCAUAACGGCACUCAUGAAACUCAGUACCCGCUUCUCACACACUAGGGAUUCGUUACUGAACGUUGUAUCUCGAUACAGCAGUAGCACCCAGGCAGAGCUGCAGCAGAGAGCCGUAGAGUACUCGACUGUCUUCAGGAAGUUUGACCAUAUGAGGGCUGGACUUCUGGAGCCGAUGCCGCUGAUGGAGUGUAGCCGGACGUCAGAGGUGAUGGAUGGAGCGGAAAUGGACCUACUUCAGUCUCCCACCACUCAGAAACCCGCUUCAGACUCUGUGAAGAUUGCCCCACAAACACAGACCGAGGGUCAGAACAUUUUUGACCUGCUGGGUGAUGUCGGCAGUUCUCCAAUGUCCACAGCAACAACCAUAGCCCCACACAAAUCAGAACCAGUUGAUCUGCUCUCCCUAUUAGACGAUGUGGCCGUCAUCAACAAUACUGGCUCAAUGCCAGCACCCCUGGGUGGUAUCAGCAGUGGUGGCGGGGAUUUACUGGGAGACAUGCUGGGCUCACCAACACAGAACUCGAACAACAUGAUGAACGGAAACUCCAAUAUAUCAGCACCGAUCGUGGCAUUCAACAAGAAUGGGUUGCUGAUAGAGUUCCGGUGUGAGCGAGACAACAUGUCCCCCACAGAGAGCAUUGUGCAUGUGAAGGCCUCCAACACAUCCCCAGCACAGAUGGACGACUUUGUGUUCCAGGCUGCAGUGCCAAAGUCAUUCCAGCUACAGUUACAGCCUCCCUCCGGCAACCAGCUGCCUCCCCUCAACAGUGGCACCAUCUCACAAGUUAUCAAGAUCAACAACACUAACAAGCAACCAAUCCGAAUGCGAUUGAAACUUGCCUACUCUCAGAAUGGAGAUACAGUGACAGAGAUGGGCGAGGUGAACUCAUUUCCUCCACAACUCUGGCAAUAGUAGUGGGACUUUCUUUUAGGAUUUAUAUUUAAUUUAAUAAAAUACAUGUGCAAGUGGCAAUGGAUCUAUCGCCUUUGUCUUGGGACAUCAAGAUUCCAGUGGCAGACUGAUCAGAUUGCUUGUGGUGUUCCUGAGGACUGGAGGCAUUCCUUACCUGACCCUGGCUGGCUCUUAAAUCUACAGCUCAGUGGUUGUUCCACUCAUAAAUAAAAAGUUGCAAACAAUCAGAGCUGGGAGGGUACAAGAUGCUCCUUGCGAUCCAAAUAUUUAUCAUCGUUAAGUGUGUUUGAUUCAUGGCAAUUAUUGUACGAUGGAUGUGUUACUCGUUAUGCAUUUAUUUAACCAUAUCAUUUAACUUUUGUUUGGGAUAUAAAAAGUGAAUGAAGAUUGAGUGACAGAUGUGGGUAUAUAAAGUGCUCAGUACAGAAAUUGCAUUGAACUUUAACAAUCCUCAUAUUGAACUGAUACGUUUUGGCUAAAAUUUGUUUCAUGUUCGUGUAAACGUCUCAUAUAUAAUGGUAAGUGUGAUGAUCAUUAAUUAUAUUUAUUUCAAGCAGUGGGAUACAAUUCAUUGCCUGGAUAUCUUUAAAAUAUUUAUUUUUUCAUUUCCCAAAGAACAAUAAUGAAUAAGAUAGAUGAACCUGAUAUUGUUGAGUUUUCAGGCUGUGAUAAAGAACAGAUUGUGUUAACCCUAGAUAAACAUUAAAGGUUAUUUGUAUGUAUUUACCAAUAUAAAUUGUUUAAUGCAUCACAGUCGCCUGAUUUAAAUCAAUAACAGCUGACUGCUGAUUUUCAAAAAUACAGGGCUAAUUUGAAAAAAUACUGCCAUCCCUUUAGACAAAAUAUUAUUUUGACCACUAAUCAUUUUCAAAAAAUGAGUUGAAUUCUAUGCAUUAGCAUAGCAUAUGAUAAAUAAGAUGAAAAACGUGAAAUAGGAACAUUGAUGCCUUGAUUCUCUCCGCAUAUGUUGAAACAUUGUGCUGUUGUGUCAGUGUUUGUGCUAAGCAUUGUUGUUAUUACAAAUUCAUGUACAUCAUGUAAAUUUAUAUUGAAUUAUGAUUGUUAUAUUCAUUGUUUAACAUGUAUGAACAAUCUGUUUUAACUGUGUGAAAUAUAUACAUUCCCAUUGUAGUUAAGAACAUGCAUGAAUACAAUAAAUAGUAUAUUUAAUGACAACUGUAUCGAGGUUCAAAUGUGUUCUAAACUUCUACUAGUGAUUGAUAAGAAACUUUUGAUUGAUACUAGGAAGUCUAUUGUAACCUUAUGAUGUUCUGUUAUCUCUGUGUUUAUAACAUUUAUAACGGUUCACUAGAACUGUGAAAUGUCUGGACAACGAAAUUACACUUGGAUUUAAUAGGUCCUUUUGUUAAACAAAUUACUACAUUACAGGGACCUGGUUUAUUCUGGUUUAGCAAUUGUUACAGAGUUUCGGGGUUUUUCAUGGGUAAAUAUUUGGCACACAUGCACUACAAGUGAAUGAAGGUUAAUAUACUGUCAAAUCAACAUUGGCAAUUACUGGUAUCUAUGAUAUGUGACACUCACAUUGUAUAGUGAAGUCAUUGUGCUAUUUUAUGUUGAUAUACAGUACAAUAAUCAAUCUGUCAAAAAUGGUGAAUGGUCAGCCUGAGGGUUUUCUUUAAUUUCUGAGUUAAUUUUUUUUACAGAAAAAAAUGUACAUUUAAUUAUGAAACACUCUGCCUGCUCUACUGUAUAUUCGGUGACAUUAUCAGUUCACCAGGGAGUUACAAAAAUACAAAAUAUCCACUAUGCCUUAAAUAUUAAAGCUAUAUUGUCCAUAUAAAUUUUGACUAUUGAAAGCAGAGAAUAUAAAUUUAAAAGCUGAAUAUUAAUUAAAAAGUUGAAAUAAUCCCUAACACAAUAUUUACAAGGAAACUUGUUUAUAUUGAUAUGUUCACACUUAAUUACAGAAGAAUGUAAUUGCAGGACGGUAACUGAGGGUAAUUGGCAGUUGUGAAUGAGAUCACUAAUGCUUCUUCAUCAGUUUAUGUGUAUGCAUUCUCUCAGAAUGUAUAUGAUCACCCUCAUGUAAGAAUUCAAUUUCUGCUUAUUUUAAAUAUGCAUUUCUUGAGUUUUAACACAAGGGUGAGGAUAUACAGGUUAUAAAUCUUUGCUUUGUCGGAAACAGACAUUUAUGCUUACUGUAAAUUAUUUUCAGAAUUUAAAUUUAUUUAGAUUUAGAUGAAUAAACUCUUGCAGGCAAUAUAUAUUUCAUGAUUUCAUUCUACCUACAUACCUGUAUGUAGGAUAUUCACAAUGAAUUGUUGUUAAAUGAUUGCUUGGACUCUGGCAUAGAUGUGAUCUGUAUUUAUGUAUAUGUAUACAUGGAUGUGAUCUGUAUUUAUGUACAUGUAUACAUGGAUGUGAUCUGUAUUUAUGUACAUGUAUACAUGGAUGUGAUCUGUAUUUAUGUACAUGUAUACAUGGAUGUGAUCUGUAUUUAUGUACAUGUAUACAUGGAUGUGAUCUGUAUUUAUGUACAUGUAUACAUGGAUGUGAUCUGUAUUUAUGUACAUGUAUACAUGGAUGUGAUCUGUAUUUAUGUACAUGUAUACAUGGAUGUGAUCUGUAUUUAUGUACAUGUAUACAUGGAUGUGAUCUGUAUUUAUGUACAUGUAUACAUGGAUGUGAUCUGUAUUUAUGUACAUGUAUACAAGUCUUGCAAAGCUUAAGUAUUCUCUAUUAAAUUAUCUGAGCAUGAAAACUUUGUGUAAUUGCCUAUUGUGUACAUUGUAAUUAUUAUACUAUUUAAAAAAAUCACAAUGGGAUGAAAUAAAUACUAAAAUGAUAACAAA